AUGUACUUUCCACCAGUUGAUUCUUUAAGUGUAGAGAAAAAGCAUGUUAUAUUGCAAAAUAUAAACAUUAUGGAAGACGAUAAAAUAUGUCAAAAGUGCUACCAUGAAAUUUUGGAGGAACAGAAAAGUUUACAAGAAGAAAGCUGUAUGGUAGAAGAUGAAACUGGAAACAGUGUCAUAACGUUUGCCUCUUCUCAAACAUCGGCAAAAAUGGGGCGACCACGGGUGAGUUAUGAGAGCGCCAGCGCUGCUGUUAAGAGAAAGAUGCGAGCAUCAGCAAAAAAUGUUGUAAACGAAAUGAUUGAAAAAAUGUGA